AUGGGGAGUUCUAACCAGUCUUCAUCUCCUGUCCCAGUCCCUAUACAGAGUUCUAACCAGUCUUCAUCUCCUGUCCCAGUCCCUAUACAGAGUUCUAACCAGUCUUCAUCUCCUGUCCCAAGUUCUAACCAGUCUUCAUCUACUGUCCCAGUCCCUAUACAGAGUUCUAACCAGUCUUCAUCUCCUGUCCCAGUCCCUAUACAGAGUUCUAACCAGACUCUGUUAUGA